UCAUGUGAUUAAGCGUUUUCACGGGACAAAAUGGCGGCUUCCAUGAAAACUGUGUUGAAUCUCGUUUUAAUUUCUGUGCUUGUCAGUUUUACCUCAAGUUUACCUCGAUUUCUCCAUGGACGACCAAAACAUGGUUUGCUUGGAGCGCCUAAACUGCCUCAAGGAUCAGUUCCUCCACCAGAUAUGUGGCUGAAACAAAAACUUACGCAUUUCAAUUACGCCGACACAAGAACUUGGCAACAGCGGUAUUUCGUGAAUGACACUUUUUAUAAACCAAAUGGGCCAAUCUUUCUCAUGAUUGGAGGGGAAGGGACUGCUAAUCCAGCAUGGAUGCUGCAGGGAGCAUGGAUAGAGUAUGCCAAAAAAUACCAUGCAAUAUGUUUUUUACUUGAGCACAGAUAUUACGGGAAAAGUCACCCAACACCAGAUCUGAGUGUGGACAACUUGCAGUUUCUCAGCAGUGAACAGGCACUUGCAGACUUGGCCUACUUUAUUCAAUAUGUAAAACACAAGUAUAAUCUUAUGUCAAAGGACCAGAAACUUAUCACUUUUGGAGGUUCAUAUCCAGGAUCUCUGUCUGCCUGGUUUAGAGUGAAAUAUCCUCAUCUGGUAGAUGGCGCUGUUGCCACUAGUGCACCAAUAUUUGCACAACUGAAUUUCAAAGAAUAUCUUCAGGUUGUUGUGAGCUCCUUGGCAACCACAGGACCAGGAUGCAACAAAAAUAUAAAGAUGGCUACAGAUACAAUCACAAAAAUGAUAUCCACGGAUACAGGGAGAAAGAAUGUAGAAAAAAUGUUCAACUUAUGUGACCCUUUAGAUACAUCUCAAUACGUGGAUGGUUCUAACCUGUUCUCCAACCUAGCAGGAAACUUUGAGGGAGUUGUUCAGUACAACAAGGAUAAUCGAGCAUUUGAGGGUGCCAUAGGAACUAAUAUAACAAUAGACACAAUUUGUGGCAUCAUGAACGAUGAAAGCAAUGGUUCUCCUAUAGAGAGGUAUGCCAAAGUAAACAGUCUGAUGUUGUCUACCUACUCUCAGAAAUGUCUGGAUAACAGCUACAACAAGAUGAUUAAGGGCCUACAAGCCACAGCCUGGAAUUCCAGUGCAUCUGAAGGGGGGAGACAAUGGAUGUACCAGACCUGUACAGAGUUUGGAUUUUUUCAAUCAUCAGACCUUGGUGAUGUGCAACCAUUUGGAAAUUUCUUUAAUCUUAAGUUUUCAAUUCAGCAGUGUAUGGAUGUGUUUGGAGCCAAAUUCAACCAGGAACUGAUCCAGAUGGGAAUCAACAGAAGCAACACAAACUAUGGAGGCUAUGGGAUGAAGGCCACAAAGAUAGUCUUCCCAAAUGGAUCCAUUGAUCCCUGGCACUUCCUAGGAUUCACUAAAGAUCUGUCAGCGGAGUCACCAGCCAUUUAUAUUCAGGGAACAGCCCAUUGUGCUAACAUGUAUCCAGCAACAAGUGAUGACUUGCCACAGCUAGUGCAAGCAAGGGCCACCAUAGAAAAGCUGAUUGGAACUUGGCUCAGCCCAAAUUAGGCUUGCUCAAAACUUAAUUGUCUAUAUUUUCAAAUCUAAAAGAUGAAUUAUAAUUUGUUGAAGCCUCAUAAUGUAACUCAGAUUACUAAACUGUCUCUGCGUUCUUUCCAAUAUUCGUGUGUCAUGCCGACAUUCACUUACACAUUGUGAGAUACUGUUCAUUAAUUUAAAUUUUAUUGUACGUCACUUUUGUUUUUUUAAUACAAAUGCAUUUAGAUUUCUUUCUAUGUUGAAUGUCAAAUGAUGAGUCACAAUAAAACAGGAAAGAAUUAAAAUAA